CCAGCCCCGCCCCCACCUCAUUCCUCUUCCCAGCUAUGGCCCCGCCUUCGCCGCAGACUCCGCCCCCUCACCGGCUCCUCCCAACCACAGACCCCUCCCCCGUCAACCACACACCCCAGUUACUAAUCCCUCCUCUGGCGGGCUCCACCUCCGACCCCUCCCGGAAGCGCCGGCAUAGAGUCCACACAUGGAGCCUGAGCCUAGAGCCUCCGAGGCCGCCCCUGAGGCGGCCGUGCUAUUCGCCUGGGGUGCAAAUAGCUACGGGCAACUUGGCCUUGGCCACAAGGAAGAUGUGCUUUUGCCCCAGCAACUGAAUGACUUCUAUAAACCUGAAUGUGUCAGGAGGAUCAUGGGAGGAGGGGGCCACUCUGCUAUUGUCACAGAUGAAGGAGGCCUUUUUGUUUGUGGCCUGAACAAAGAUGGGCAAUUGGGGCUUGGUCACACAGAAGAUGUUCUGUAUUUUACCACCUGCAGAUCCCUCCUUGGCUGUCCUGUCCAACAGGUGGCCUGCGGCUGGGAUUUUACCAUUAUUCUCACAGAAAAUGGUCAAGUUCUGUCAUGUGGAUCCAACUCCUUCGGCCAGUUAGGAGUUCCUCAUGGCCCUCGAAGAUGUGUGGUUCCCCAGGCCAUUGAGCUCCUGAAAGAGAAGGUUGUUUGCAUUGCUGCUGGACUGAGGCAUGCUUUAGCUGCUACAGCAAGUGGCAUUGUGUUCCAGUGGGGAACUGGUUUGGCAUCAUCUGGACGGCGGUUAUGCCCUGGGCAGACUCUCCCAUUGUUUUUGACAGCAAAGGAGCCAAGCAGAGUGACAGGCCUGGAGAAUUCUAAGGCAACCUGUGUUCUUGCUGGCUCAGAUCACUCAGCUUCGUUGACGGAUGCAGGAGAGCUGUAUGUUUGGGGAAGCAACAAGCAUGGGCAACUGGCUUCCUUGGCUGCUUUCCUUCCUCUGCCCCAGAAAAUAGAAGCACAUUGUUUUCAGAAUGAAAAGGUCACUUCUGUCUGGAGUGGGUGGACACACCUGGUUGCUCAGACAGAAACUGGCAGAGUGUUUACCUGGGGCCGAGCAGACUAUGGUCAACUAGGGAGGAAGUUGGAGUCUCGUGAAGGCUGGAAACUACAGAGUCAUGAUUCAUCCCUCCCCUGCUCAGGACCACAGAAGAGCAUGCCUUCCUGUCUGCACUGCUUAACAGGAGCAGCUGAGGUCUCUUGUGGCUCAGAGCAUAAUCUGGCAGUGAUUGGAGGGACGUGCUACUCUUGGGGCUGGAACGAGCACGGCAUGUGCGGGGACGGCUCCGAAGCCAACAUCUGGGCCCCGAAGCCUGUGCCAUCUCUGCAGUCGUCACUGGGACUCCUUGUGGGCUGUGGGGCUGGCCACUCCCUGGCGCUCUGCCAGCUGCCAGCCCUCCCUGCAUUGGGCCAGCACCCCAAGGUCACCGGCCCUUCCCCAGAUGCCGCCGAGAGUGCCAAAUCUCAGGAAGCCAUGGAGAGAAACUGGAAGGAAAGACAACCAGAAACUUCUACUGAAAGCCUAUCUGACAGGUCCAGAAAUGGGGGGCUUGUGACAGAGGCCCUUUAAUAAAGUGAUUUUUUCCUACCCGAA